AUGAUGAAAAGUGUUAGCAAGAUGAAGAAAGAAAAAGAGAUAAAGGGGGAAAUAAAGGAAGAGCCAGUUGAAGUCAAGGAAGAGCCAGAAGGCACCUUUGUCGGAAUAGCUGAGAAAGUAAAGGACAACCCGCGAAAAGCGAAAACAAAGAAGAAAAUCAAGGAUGAAAACUCAAACAAGGUCCCCGACAAGUCUCAUCAGGUCGAUCUUUUUGCGACUGCCUUAGCAACUGGCGAUCAAAUAAUUGAAAAACAGACAAAGAAGAAGAAAUCAAAGAAAUAUAAGAAUUCGGAAGGCAAGAAGAAAAUCAAAGAAGAAGGGUCACGGAAAGAUGUAAAGACAGAGCCAGAUGAUUCUUCAUAUGGAGAAUCUCUCCAAAAAGAAGAUCGAAAGAAAACGCUUAGGCCAAAAAAGAAAGAUGUUCGUCGAGAAGCCAAAAUCGAGAAUGCGUCCGAUGAAACUUCAGAAGAUUCAAAACUCCCUCAAAGGAAGAAGCAAGAAAGAAAACCGAAAAACCCUGAUUUCUCGAAGAAAAAGCCGUUUCAGUGCGAAGUUUGUGGAAAUCGUUUCAAGACCAAGGCUACUCUUAAAGCUCACACGAAGAAAUUUCAUGAAGAGAAGACGGUCAAGCAAGAGCCGAAUAAGGAAAUCAAGGAGGAAGAAAUGGUAAACGAAGAACCCAUAGAAGGUUUUGUCUUCAAAGAACCAUAUCUUCCGAGACGAUUCAUUCCACUCAACAAGCCGUUGAACCAGUUUGCGAAACCGCCUUUUAUCGGCCCAAAAACGCGCCAAAACGACUCAAAGAAAACUUGA